CCCGAGGGCGCGCCCCAAAACCCGGAUAACCGGAGCGCUCCCCAUGGACUCCACGGAGGGCUCGCCCGCGGAGGAGCGGCCUGCGCAUGCUCCAUCGCCGGGGAAGUUUGGUGAGCGGCCUCCACCUAAACGACUAACUAGAGAAGCUAUGCGAAAUUAUUUAAAAGAACGAGGGGAUCAAACAGUACUCAUUCUUCAUGCAAAAGUUGCACAGAAGUCUUACGGAAAUGAAAAACGCUUUUUUUGCCCUCCUCCUUGUGUGUAUCUUAUGGGCAGUGGUUGGAAGAAAAAAAAAGAACAAAUGGAACGAGAUGGUUGCUCGGAACAAGAGUCUCAACCUUGUGCAUUUAUUGGAAUAGGAAAUAGUGACCAAGAAAUGCAGCAGCUGAACUUGGAAGGGAAGAACUACUGCACAGCCAAAACAUUGUACAUAUCUGAUUCAGACAAGAGAAAACACUUCAUGCUGUCUGUAAAGAUGUUCUAUGGCAACAGCGAUGACAUUGGCGUGUUCCUCAGCAAGCGGAUAAAAGUCAUCUCUAAACCUUCCAAAAAGAAGCAGUCAUUGAAAAAUGCUGACUUGUGCAUUGCCUCAGGAACAAAGGUGGCUUUGUUUAAUCGACUUCGGUCCCAGACAGUUAGUACCAGAUACCUGCACGUAGAAGGAGGAAACUUCCAUGCUAGUUCACAGCAGUGGGGAGCAUUUUAUAUUCAUCUCUUGGAUGACGAUGAGUCAGAAGGAGAGGAGUUCACAGUCCGAGAUGGUUACAUCCACUAUGGACAGACUGUCAAACUUGUGUGCUCAGUUACUGGCAUGGCACUCCCAAGAUUGAUAAUUAGAAAAGUUGAUAAGCAGACAGCAUUACUGGAUGCAGACGACCCUGUAUCACAACUCCACAAAUGUGCAUUUUACCUUAAGGAUACAGAAAGAAUGUACUUGUGCCUUUCUCAAGAAAGAAUAAUUCAAUUUCAGGCCACUCCAUGUCCGAAAGAACCAAAUAAAGAAAUGAUCAAUGAUGGCGCUUCGUGGACAAUCAUUAGCACAGAUAAGGCAGAGUAUACGUUCUAUGAGGGAAUGGGCCCCGUCCUUGCCCCAGUCACUCCCGUGCCUGUCGUAGAAAGUCUUCAGUUGAAUGGCGGCGGGGACGUAGCGAUGCUUGAACUUACAGGACAGAACUUCACUCCAAAUUUACGAGUGUGGUUUGGGGAUGUAGAAGCCGAAACAAUGUACAGAUGUGGGGAGAGCAUGCUCUGUGUGGUCCCAGACAUUUCUGCAUUCCGAGAAGGUUGGAGAUGGGUCCGGCAGCCAGUCCAGGUUCCAGUAACUUUGGUCCGUAAUGAUGGAAUCAUUUAUUCUACCAGCCUUACCUUUACCUACACACCAGAACCAGGGCCGAGGCCACACUGCAGCGCAGCAGGAGCAAUCCUCAGAGCCAACUCAAGCCAAGUGCCCACCAACGAAUCCAACACAAACAGCGAGGGGAAUUACACGAACGCCAGCACAAAUUCUACCAGUGUCACAUCGUCCACAGCAACCGUGGUGUCCUAACAGCCGUCUUUUUGCUAGGACUUAAACUGACUUGAAUGCGGCGAAACGUUGACAAAAAAACCCCCAGAAAAACAGAAAAAAAAAGAAAGGCAAGGAUAAAAUGAACAAUCUUUUGUGGUUUCUUGGGAAAACUUUUCAUACCAGGUGAUCUAUCCCAAACCCCGUUACCUGCAAGUGCUGAUGUGAAAUGCAGAAGCCACAGUAAAAUGAAAAACAUCAAAAUGUACAAACUGUUGGAAAUCAAGGUUUUCAGCUGUCUCUCACACACAUACACACCCCUUUUUGGUUGGUUUUUGGUUGGUUUUGAUUAAAUGGUCAAGAAAUGAGUAUGUGGCUGGAGUACAGGUUAAGCUAGAAGACACGCAUCUAACAUAGUUUCUAUGGACCAAGGGACUUGCAGAAGCUCUAGUGAAAGGUACAUUUUCACCAUGCCUUUUUUCUAUCACGGUAUGUAGUACACCUUGUCACCAGUAGGUUGCACUCUCCGCCCCUUGAGCUUCGGCUCAAAGUACAUUCAGGUUCAAGCCUGACCAUGCUUGUUCAAUCUGAGUACCGAACACUUCCAGGUUCUUUUGGUCUAAGGCUGGAACUUUUUUUUUAAGCUGAAGUCUUAUGACUUUUUCAUAAGUUAGAAUUAUUUUGAUUUCAGCAAGUCAAAUUUUGUAAAGGCCUGCAUACUUUUUUUUAAGAUUAUAUGAAGUCUGUGCAAAAGCUUUAAAAAAUGCCUCUGCCUUGCCUGCAAUACAUGCAAUGUAUGUUAACUUAGUCUAUUCUCAGAUACUGUUGGUAGUUAUUUCUGUUUUCCUUUUUUUAAAAAUGUAUUUAUAGUGGUAAUCCAAGAGAGUCUAACAUUUAUGUGGAGUUCAAUGUGGCCGUUUAGUCCUUCUGAGUUAAUGGCAGAGAACAUCACCAUUUGAAGGGUUUGUGCCUCUUUGCCUAUCCAUCAGUUUCUGUGUUCCAGGUUUGUUCAGGUUCCCUUCCUCCCCAAUCUUGUACAUAACGUGUAUUAUGUGUAAGUUAAACAUUUUAUCUUUAACUUGGAAUGUUCCCAGUGAUUACAUUUAACAGGGUGUUUCCCACCUUGUUGGCAAAUGACAAAAAAUAUCAUGAGAAUUAUUUGCUGCCAAGAUGGUGCCCUUAGGGUAAAAUGAGGAAAGUCUCUGCAAGAUACUUUAUUGUACUUCAUUUUCCUUUUUUAGCCUAGGCCAGACAUCACUAUAAUUCUAAAUGUAAGAUCACAAGAUGGCUUUUAUUAGAUGAUAACUAAAUAAACUGAACUAAAUAAAAUAGCCAGAAGACAGUACCUUAGAAACAGAUAGUUGUAAGUUUAUAAAAAUACAAAUGUAACUUAUAUUUCCAUUUCCCCUUUUGCCCUUUGUUUGUUUUUCCUCCAGUAGAAAUGUUCUGUCCCUUUUUUUCUUUCCUGUUAAACUUGGGUUGCACUCAGGCCUGUGUGUCAGCCCUGUGUGCUGACAUUGCCAGUUUUAUCUGCUUCCAUUCCUGCACUUUGGUAACCCUUGUCCAGUUUCUUGGGAAUUGCAGCAGACUCACUGGGCUCCGAGUAAGGAACCACAUGUGUGAUGUUAAAGGACACAGUCUAGUGGUGCCAUCCUCCUUGAUAGAGUAAGAACUACCUCUAGAUUGUGGUAAGCUUUCACUGUCCCUUAAAACAGGAGCCACAGGACCUCCUGAUGCAAACUGUAACUUGUAUGGCAUUUUCGGUGUCUCUCUGGCCCCCUGGACUUGUGAAAGUUUUCGUGUAGACGUGUUAAGAGUCCUUUGUCAGGAGCACUGUUUCCCAUCUCCGCUGCUUUGCCACUCACUGUUUUCUGGAGACUGUCACUGUAAAUGCCACUCUGAACAUCUUUAAACUGCCCCUCCUUGGUUUUUCAAGGAGAAGGCCAUCUAUGAAAGCGUGCUGGUUAAAUCUGUAGCUGUGGCUCUCUUACCGCCAGCCUUCUUCAUCACCCCAGGCUGUGCUGUCCUGGCCAUUGCAGCCAUUUCCCUUCAGAUCUGCCGCAGUCCGUCUCCUCCCCUGCCUCAUACCUUCUUCAUUCUGCUUCCGUGGUCAAGGGCAGAGCUCACUGUGGCCUUAGCUGUCUUUGCAGUAACUGUUCUCAGCUUUCCUUCAGACCUGUUUCCUUCCAAGCUCCACCCCUCAGUUGCUGUGGGAUCGGGACACUGCAGGCUGAAGUGUCUCAGUGCUUUCCCAGGUCACACGUCUCUCCGCUUCUUAGAUUUGGGAUUCAGUUAAGAAACCAUUCAGUUCACUGAGAACGGAUGAGAUGCUUUUGAAGAACAAACUAUUCCUUACCCAGCUUUGUAGCUUACAGUAACCAAGUUCAUGGCUUUAUUAAAAUGAACUUUGACUUUUUAAAAUGUUUAUAUCUUAUUUUGGUUCUUUCGUUUAUUUUAAUAAGAAUUGAAAUAACUAGAUUAUAA